UUUUUAAAGUGAAAACCUCGAGUAUACUAUCUCCCCCUUCCCUUCCCUUGGCGUAGAAGAAAAUCACCCAUCUCGUCGUCUCCUCCGCUCCUUGAGCCAUCUCGCGGCCGAACAGGGGAGGGGGCGCCGAUCUCCAUCUGGCGAGAAGAGCAGGGGAGGGGAUCCUGGUGAGGACUACAAAGGAGGGAUUCAAGUUUGAGUCUGGAUUAAGUUGGCAGCAUGUCGUCAAACAAGAUAGAGCUUGACCACAAGGACAUGGUCCAUGAUUCUGCCAUCGACUACUACGGGAAGAGCCUUGCCACAGCCUCCUCAGACUCCACCGUGCAGAUCAGCAGCAUUGGAGGUGCAUCCGCGCCAUCCCAGCUGCUUGCAACCCUCAGCGGACACUAUGGACCUGUGUGGCGUGUUGCAUGGGCCCAUCCCAAGUUUGGUUCGAUUCUUGCAUCCUGCGGCUACGAUGGCCGUGUCGUAGUUUGGAAGGAGGGUGCAGCUGGGCAAUGGUCUCAGGCUCACGUAUUCGACAACCACAAGUCUUCACUCAACUCCAUUGCUUGGGCUCCGUAUGAGCUUGGCCUUUGCCUUGCCUGUGGCUCUUCCGACGGGAGCAUCUCUGUCAUGACCAUGCGCCCGGAUGGAGGAUGGGACUCCACAACAAUUGAGCAAGCACACCCUGUUGGGGUGAUGGCAGUCUCAUGGGCUCCAGCAACCGCACUCGGUUCCAUUGUUGGCUCAGGGGAACUUGUCCAGAAGCUCGUCUCUGGUGGCUUCGACUGUGUUGUCAAGGUGUGGGCUUUUGUCAAUGGCAGCUGGAAGCUGGAUAGCGUUCUGCCCUCCGACAUGCACACGGACUGCGUUAGAGAUGUAUCCUGGGCACCUGUUUUGGGCCUCGCAAAGUUUACAAUCGCCAGUGCCUCUGAAGACGGUAAGGUUGUCAUCUGGACCAAGGGGAAAGAGGGCGACAAAUGGGAAGGGAAGGUGAUGCAUGACUUCGAGGCUCCGGCAUGGAGGGUGUCCUGGUCACUGACCGGAAACAUACUGUCCGUGGCGGCCGGCUCCGGCGAUAUCACACUGUGGAAGGAGGCAUCAGAUGGUCAGUGGGAGAAGGUGACCAAGGUGGAGCCAUAGGAAGCCUCGGCUGUGGCCUGCAGUUUGCAUCUCAUAUCAGAUUCAGUCAGAUACAUGUUUCUAGUAGCAAUGGAAUCCACGAGUGUACUGAUAGAUACUCAAAUUCUCACUUGUUAUCAUCAUCAUCUUUGGAUGGAUGUUGUUCUUACCUGAACAGAGUUGUGCUGUGUCUGUUUAGACCUGUAAUUUACUGGUGCAAUGGUGGUUUCUUAGUACUGUCAAAUGAGACAUCAGACAUCUAUGAGACGAUUAUAGUCUAGUUUCUUCCUUGCGCUUUGACAUAGUUGAAUAAAGCAAUUUCUUAUCC